ACCAAAAUGGUCAAAUUCAAGGCCACAGUCACAUAGCCAUCCAAAAAUUCGAAAAUGGCCAACAUGUGCCAGAUCCAAGACUUUUUUCGUUCUUCAAAAGUUUAGACGGUAAGGCCGAUGGUAACGGUAAAUUGAGUGCAAAACUUGAUCUUGGUCUCCCUGUUGGCAACUACAGAGUAUGUACAAUGGUUUCCUCGUUUAGUCAUCAACCUGUUUUAAUGCCUGUUGAGAAACGUGGUCCUCAAGAUGAUUGCGUUAGAUUUAGGGUUACGAAGAAGG